UGUAGCCUCAUGGGCAGUGUAGUCCGUGCUGCAGGGAGAAUGGACUGCCAUACCCGUUAUGUGUCUGUGAGCGCGAGGAGGGAGAAAAAGGAGAGUGGGAAAAGUACGAGCUGUCACCGAGCACAAACGGGAGCUGGAAGCAUGUAAAUAUAAUAAUAACCACUGCAGCCAAAAAGAGUGCCUGACGAGCCCAGUUGUAAGUACGCUAUUAAGACUCGACUGUACACCGUGUUCGUGUUUUCCUCCAAAACAAUAAGUUCCGUUGGAGCAGCCUUUCAACGCCUCUCUCUGUCUCUCGCUAGCAAAGUUGACCCAGACAACAAAGUAAAGCUAGUUUUCAGCUACGAGCCCGACACGAACCUGACGUAUUAGCCAGAGGUCCCUUUACUACGGUUCGGAGCCGCGGACCUUCAGUAAUAGUAAUAAAUCACAUUCAUGUAGUUGUAAACAGCAUGAUAAUAUAUUAAGUAAUCCAAAGUAUUCAGAAUACGUUACUCUCAUUGAAUAACGUAACGGAACACGUUACAAAAUACAUUUUGGGGCAUGUAAUCUGUAGUGGAAUACAUUUUAAAAGUAACCUUCCCAACACUGCCUGCAGGUAUGUGAACAAGGAUGUAAAUCAGCUCUGCUCUCAUCUGUAUCACCUGUCCUCUCCUUCAUGUGUCAGCAGGUGGGUGUGUUGGAUUCAUACUACAGGUGACCUGCCUGUGCAGCAAAAAUGCAGUCAGACCUGUUGCUGAGUCAUGUGACCUACUCUCACCAUGCCCUGUGAAUGAGCCUGUACACACCUGUGAGAGAUGUUAUCCAGGUAAUCCUCUUGGGCCUGGACUCUGCUGGAAAGUCGACCCUGCUGGCCAAGCUCCUGACCGGACAGGUGAUGGAGACGUCUCCGACCAUCGGCUUCAACGUGGGAACGCUGAACCUGGACAAGAAGACGUCUCUGACGGUAUGGGACGUGGGAGGACAGAAACACAUGAGGCCCAACUGGAGGCUGUACCUGGACGACUGUGAGGCGCUGGUCUUCGUGGUGGACAGUAGCGAUCAGGGCCGGAUGGCGGAGGCAAAGGGGGCUCUGAAGAAGAUUCUGAGCGAAGAGAAGCUGCGAGGAGUUCCUGUCAUGGUUCUGGCCAAUAAGAAGGAUCUGCCCAACUCCAUGACCAUCCGCGAGGUGUCCACUGCGCUAGACCUCCCCAGCUACACAGACAGACUAUGGGAGAUUCAGGCCUGCAGCGCCUUGAAGGGACUCGGCCUCCAGCAGGCCUUCACCUCCGUCAACAAGAUGAUCAAAAGGAGCUGAGGGAGGGAGGGAGGAGGUGAAUGGUGGUGCAAAGAAGACAGGGGAGAUGUGGUUAGAUGUUCCAAAGCAAUAAUUUAAGGCAC